AUGAGAUCCAGUAAAUCACGCUCAGAACUUGUCAAGCAACUAAGAUUAUUCAUCGACAAUGGUGGUGGAGUCCGCUGUGGAGGUAGAAUUCACAACUCGCCGCUAGCCGAGAGUUCGAAAUUUCCUUACCUGUUAUCAUCAAGGCAUCCCUUGACCCAUUUGAUUGUUCUUGAUUGCCACCAGAGAGUGUUACAUGCGGGCGUUGAUUCUGCUAUCACUUACAUUCGCCAGAAGUUCUGGAUCGCAGCCAUUCGUCAAUGUGUAAAGAGAAUCAUUCGAAAAUGUGUCACGUGCAGAAAGGUAACUGGGAAGUCAUAUGCAUCCCCUGAUCCACCUCCCUUACCCAGAUGUAGAGUAGAAGAUACAGUACCGUUCACAGAAACAGGUGUCGACUUCACAGGCGCACUGUACGUCAGAAAUACGAAUGAAACUGAAGAAAAGGCAUAUAUUUGUUUAUUUACAUGUGCAUCUACACGAGCGGUCCACUUAGAAGUCGUCCGAGAUUUAUCCGAAGAAUCCUUUCUUCAAGCUUUUAGGAGAUUCACCAGCCGGAAAUCUCUUCCACACGUCAUGAUCUCCGACAACGCUUCAACAUUCAUGGCUGCUUCUAACCAUAUAAGACGUCUGUUUGAGUCGCAGAAAGUACAAGACGCCCAUACCAGUCAAGGUACCACGUGGAAGUUCAUACCCAAGCGCGCUCCAUGGUUUGGCGGCUGGUGGGAGAGAUUAAUCGGGCUCACCAAGACAGCACUGAAGAAGACUCUUGGUCGUUCUAACGUUAACUUCGACAUGCUACAGACAGUAGUUACCGAAAUAGAAGCUGUUUUGAAUGACCGGCCACUAACGUACGUCUCUUCCGGUAUGAAUCCAGAACCACUCACACCAGCACAUCUUCUAUAUGGCAGACGCAUUAUAACAUUACCAUAUCACGACCCUAAAGAUGAAACAGUCCCAAGUUCAAUCCUUGGUGGACACCGUAACAUUAAUAAACAAGCCAAGAUCCAGAUAAAACUGAUAAACAACUUCCGGAAACGGUGGAGACACGAAUAUCUUACUGCUAUCCGAGAGCAACAUCGUACAUCAGGGCGGAACAAACAAUCCAUAGCGGUAGGCGACGUUGUACAAGUUCAUGAUGAAGUUCCACGUGCACAAUAG